GGUUUUCAUCCCUAUCUCGGCUGUACCGUGAUGGCUUUGACAAUCUUCCAACCACUCAUGGCAGGUUUCAGACCAUCUCGUCACGCACCAAGGAGGCAAUUGUUUAACUGGUUUCACUGGAGUACUGGUACAACAGCUAGAAUAUUAGCUGUGGUGACUAUGUUCUUGGGAAUGGAUCUACCAGCACUUGACCUGCCAGACGCAUGGGACACCUAUACAAUGAUUGGCUUUGUAGCUUGGCAUGUUGGUAUUGAUGUUCUUCUGGAAAUACACAGCUACUGUCUCAUACGUAAAGUUGAAGUGAUAGAGGAUGACAGAGUACAGAUACUGCAGUCACUCACAUCUGCAGAAGCAGAGGGUCAUCUAUUUAAACAGGUUGUGUUAACCAUCUAUGUCUGCGGAAAUAUAGUAUUCCUUGUUGCCUUCCUGAUAGCAGUCAACAAAAUAUGAAAUAAGCAAUGGAGAAUUAUGUGAUGAAAUACUGCACUGUUGAAAAAUCUGAAAAAAAUUAUUUCUAUUACAACUUUUCUCUCAACAUCUCCCUGAAGAUGUAAUUGAAGAAUAAUAGCAC